AUGAAGGUGCGAGUGCUACAGCGCGAUGAAGGCGGAGGGGUUCCCGAAGGACCUGGAGCCUUGCACCGCUGUUUCACGAAUCGAGAUCCGAGACUCCACCCUUUUCAGAAAGAGAGGGAGUAUGCACGAGCACUGGUGGCAACGAAGCUCUCCAAGAUCUUCGCCAAACCCUUUUUAGCUGCCCUAGAGGGCCACACAGAUGGGGUCAAGUCGAUUGUGAAGGCGCGAACGCAUCCUGCGACUAUCUUUUCCAGUUCUUGCAACGGGGAGAUCUGUGCGUGGAACCUGGCUGGAAAGAGCUGCACUGCGCAUAUCAAGGCGCAUGAAGGAUUCGUUCGAGGUCUGGCGAUUUCACCGCGCGAUGCGUUUUUGAUAUCUGGAGGAGACGACAAAAAGAUCAAACAGUGGCGAAUCCCCCCCCGAUCCCGCCUGUCUGAGCUGGACUGUGAGGCUGCAGAAAGACUGCAGACGGAUGAAGGCCUCUUGGAGCGGCUGCAAGGCACUGAACUUGUCCACAAACGUGGCAUCGAUCCAGAACCCGUCAGUGUGUUCACGACAGACUCCCCAGUGACAAGUCUGGAUUACCACUGGCGACGGCACCUCUUUGCGAGCACUGGGGAGGCGGUGCAAUUGUGGGAGCCCCACAGGUCGACGCCUCUCCAGACCUUCUCCUGGGAUUCUGACGCCGUCUACUGCGUUCGAUUCAAUCCAUCGGAGACUUCUGUCUUUGCCGCCGGCCUUAGUGGGAACUCGGUCGCCCUGUAUGACAUCCGCGGCAACACCCCAAUCCGUAGAGUGCUCAUGAAGAUGAGGACGAAUGCGAUUAGCUGGAAUCCGAUGGAGCCCAUAAAUUUUACGGUGGCGAACGAAGACCACAAUCUUUACACCUAUGACAUGCGCAAGCUCAGUGAAGCCCUCAGAGUUCAUAAGGAUUUCGUCAACGCUGUACUUGACGUGGACUAUUCGCCUACCGGGAAAGAAUUUGUCGCGGCCUCUUUUGACGGUACAAUUCGCAUCUUUAAGGCUGAUGAUGGCAGGAGCAGAGACAUAUAUCACACUCGACGAAUGCAGAGCGUGUUGAGCUGUCGUUUCUCCGCAGACGCGCGAUUUGUCCUUAGCGGCUCAGCAGACAUGUGCCUCCGCGUGUGGAAGGCAGAGGCAGCGGCCCCUUUGGGCCCUCAAACGUACAGAGCCAGGGCUGCCGUCAACUAUAGGAAGACUCUACAGGAGAAAUACGGGCAUCUGCAGGAAAUAAAACGCAUUGCGAGACACCAUCACGUGCCUAAGCUAAUCAAGAAGAUUCAGGAAAAGAAGCGGGUAAUGAAGGAAUCUGUGAAACGCAGGGAGGACAACCGCAUUGCUCACUCGAAGCCUGGCCAUCACAAGCGCGUUCCUGAGCGCAAGAAGGCAAUCUACAGAGAAGUGGAGUAA